UCUCUUUCAAUUUCGAAAUAUGACAGGUGACCAAAAUAUUAUUUUAAUAAAUGUAUCUGUUUAAUAAAUCUGUUUAGUUUAAAUGCACCAAAAUACAUUGCCUAUUUACUGAGAAACUGAGACAAAUAUUAAUUUUCAAUUUAAGGGGUGUACUCAAUUAUCCUGAGCACUGUACAUUUUUGUUCUAAUAAAACAGCAUUAGUCCAUUAGUCUAUAAGCUCUGAAAUGUUUUCGCUCGUGUCCGUGUAAACUAGAGGUGUGUGUGGUGAAGCUGUACUGUAGUGUUCUGCGGUGGCUGUGUGUGUAUGUGAGGUGAAGCGGCGCUGGCUGAUGUUCACACGCUCUCCUCAGCACCUGGAUAGCUCCGCGACUCCGCGCAAACCGAGCACUUUUGAGGCAAAAAGUGCACAAAAAACAACAUGUAGCUUCUCAAAAUAGCCUCCUACCAUCCCGAAGCGUCAAGAAAGCAAACUUUCACACAGGGAAGUCUUCGUUACCGCCCUGAUGAGGGAAUUACCGGUUGACUGCGGCAAACUGUUCCCUACUGAUGCGGGAAUGGGAGGAGAAGCAAAACCGGAUUUACUCGCCAACGAAUAUCAUCGGAUAGCGGAUCUACUAGUCCAAGUGCAGCAUGUGUUUAAUAUGUAAUUAAAUGUGUGCGGGAAUGAGUGAAAUAUUCGUGGAUUGAUCUACAAAUCAUACAUCGCAGCAUACAGGAUGUCAGGUAACGUGUCUCUAAGUCUGAUCAGCCUUUUAGAGAACUCUUCUCUCGCGAGCUCGUCUUCUCCUCAGUCUCCACAAUGGGAGACUCCUACAUUCACCACAGCGGCUCGUUACCGUGUGGUGGCCACGCUGGUGCUUUUCGUCUUCGCUGCGGUUAGUAACCUCUCAGUACUCAUCAGUGUGACCAGGGGGCGAGGGCGACACCUGGCAUCCCACCUGCGGCCCCUUAUUGCUAGCCUGGCCUCCGCAGACCUGGUCAUGACUUUUGUGGUGAUGCCGCUGGACGCCAUAUGGAAUAUCACAGUGCAGUGGUACGCCGGCGAUGCCAUGUGUAAACUUCUCUGCUUCCUCAAGCUCUUCGCCAUGCAUUCGGCAGCGUUUAUCUUGGUGGUGGUGAGUCUGGACAGGCAUCAUGCCAUCCUGCACCCACUGGAGGCUCUGGAUGCUGGUCGCAGGAAUAGAAGAAUGCUGCUCGCUGCCUGGAUCCUCAGUGUCCUGCUCGCCUCUCCACAGUUAUUUAUUUUCAGGGCAAUUAAAGCUGAAGGAGUUGACUUUGUGCAGUGUGCAACACAUGGAAGCUUCCAGCACCGUUGGCAGGAAACAGCCUACAACAUGUUCCACUUUGUCACCCUGUAUGUGUUCCCUCUCCUGGUAAUGAGCUUCUGCUAUACCCGAAUCCUCGUGGAAAUCAACCGCCAGAUGCCUCGUGGUAAAGGCAAGGGUGGAGAGCCUUGUCUGAGACGCAGCGGAGCUGACAUGAUCCCGAAGGCACGCAUGAAGACCCUGAAGAUGACCAUCAUCAUCGUGGCUUCAUUUGUGGUGUGCUGGACACCGUAUUAUCUGCUGGGCAUCUGGUAUUGGUUUCAGCCCCGAAUGCUGCAGGUCACGCCGGAAUACGUCCAUCACGCCCUCUUCGUCUUUGGUAACCUCAACACGUGCUGUGAUCCGGUCAUCUACGGUUUCUUCACACCCUCGUUCAGAGCAGACAUAACCAGCUGCUUCAGUAGGAGGAAUCAAAACUGCUCUCCGAAAUCUCUGGACCGACUGUCCGCACGCAGAGGAGGUGCAAGCGGGGAAGCAGAGUCAGACCUUGGGAGCGGAGACCAGCCCAGCGGACAAACAGCAUAGGUGGUCAAUCCAGCUGGAAUGUUCUGCCUGAAUGUGAAGGAUAGUAAUUUCACUACGAGUCCAGACAUCUAUAUAUACACUGCUGAAGGGGAUUGGUAUUUAUAGUAUAUGCAGGUAUUAUGAACAUGCUUGAAUUCAGAUUUAAUCCACUUAAAGUCAUCAUGAAAUAGGGGUUAGGCUUGUCUUUUUUUCGCAUAUCAUGACCUACAAUUGAAGUCAGAGUUAUAAGCCCUC